AAUUACAAGCGAGCUUUUGGUUACAGUAGAACGACAUUUUAUAAAGCCGGUUGAGAUAGAACCGAUAAUUCUUAGUUUUUCAACAUAUGCUGUUUUCACAUACAAAUUGUAACAGCAAUGCAGCUAUGACAGCCCCGGCAGAAGAAUUAGCAGGACUACCCCCAGAAGUCAUUUGGGAAUAUCAAUUUCGGUUGAUUUUAGUCGGAGAUUCGACGGUGGGAAAGAGUUCACUGCUCCGCCGUUUCUGUGAUGGGAAGUUCGUGGAGGUGUCCGAUCCCACAGUGGGAGUGGACUUCUACGCAAGACUUAUUGAGGUAGCGCCGGGGCGGCGAGUCAAGCUGCAGCUGUGGGAUACCGCUGGCCAAGAAAGAUUCAGGUCGAUAACCACGUCUUAUUACAGGAACUCGGUUGGCGUGAUGCUCGUCUAUGACAUUUCAAACAGACAGAGUUUCGAGAAUUUGCAGGAAUGGCUGAUCGAGGCCCAGGAAAAUGUAAUCUAUCCCCACAGCACCACGUACAUGGUGGUGGGUCACAAAUCAGACUUGGGAGAGGACACCAGGGAGGUCCUCAAAGAAGAAGGGGAACGCUUUGCCCAGGCCUACGGGAUGAGGUUCAUUGAAACGUCCGCCAAGGCCUGCACCAACGUGGAGGCAGCAUUCUCCGUCAUGGCGAAAGAGAUCUAUGUCAAGUUGAAAGACGGUGACCUGCGCAUCAUGGAAGGCUGGGACGGCAUCAAGGGUGGGUUUACGGCGCCGCGGGAAACGCUACGGUUAGAAGAACCUGAAGAGAAGCCUAGGAUAUGCUGCUAAGAAACUUCAUGCUUUAUGCUGGUUUCAAAUUCUUAGUAGAACCAUUAGUAAUAAGAUAUGUUUCAUUUUUAAAAUUAUGCACACACACAUUACAAAGAGCAGGUGGUGUCAACCAUUUGCUACGAAAUCUAGAUCAAUGUAUCUCAUAUUACAGAUUGCAUCCUGAUUCCUGAUUCAUGUUCUGAAUUGAAAGGUUUUUAGAUGCACUAGUUAGGAUAAUGUUCCAUUAUCCAUGAACAUUUUCAAUAAAAUGUUAUGAUAAGUUGUGUUAGAAGAUAUUCACAUUAUGUGACUAAGACGCUGACAUUUUUAAAGAUUAUCUCUAAUGCCUCUGAAAUAGGCCUGUAUUUUUGGUGUAAAGUCGUUCAGGCAUUUUAAUGUGAAUAGGUAGACGAGCUUAUCAAUUUGGUUUCUUAAAUCUAGGCAUCUGCAAAUGGUUAACACUACCUGGGAGAAAGAGCAAGAUUAUUUAUGAUCUUUAUUUUAACUUGAGCUACCGGUAAUAAUAUGUUUUACUUUUCCUCUAAUCAUGAACGUGUCAAAUUCUGUUUGUUGAUCAAUUCAACUUAAAUUUGAGAUUACAACUCUUUCAGGAGAAAUGUUACACUGCAGUAUAUAUUUGAGUGUUCUAUUUAUGUGAAGAAAUAUGCAUUUGUUUGUUAAUAGCAUUGAAAUUACUUUUCGCUAUGAUAUAAGUCAAGUACAAAAAAAGAUAGAUGAUCUUUUUCUAGAAAAAAAUAUAUACUCCCCCUCCAGACACAAGAUUUAUGAUAAAAAUUAACAAGAAAACAUUCCAAAGAUGUGUCUUUUGUAUUGAUAAACGUUAUUGAAUGAAUUGAAGUUCUAAAAGUUCUAUUUUACAAUAUUCUUAGUCAAAAUAUUAGAUAUAUUUCGGUUUUCAAAUUCAGAGAAAGAAACGUUUGUGGAUCAUCUUAAAUGGCAAACUUACUUAUUAGGUCAACUAAAAGGACUGUUUGUACAGAGUUAAUGAGGUGAGAUGAAAGUACAGUGUACAAAAGUACAUUAUAGAAAGUACAUUAUUGCUAUCUUUCUUCAUUCUCCAAUAAUACAAAAAUGGCUCGGUACUCCCGUAGCCAUUUACUCAUAUUUCUUCAUAGUUUUCAUAAAUUUUAAUUCAUGAAAAUAAAUAAGAACUCUUCAAUGUCUAGAAAUCACAACUUUGAUGCAAGGAUAAUGUUUGACAUAUAUUCAUGGCAAUUAUAAUCUUCAAUGCAUGUAACAUGUAAGUUAUGUCAGUGCUUUGCAUCAUGACUCAUCUAGUGUGUAGCACUUUUUUUUUAAAAUCCGCAUUAUGGUGACGGGGUUUUUAAUAACUAACAUUUUUUUGGUGUGUGUACAUUUACGUGUACACCAUGCCGUUUCGAAUGAUCUUUCUUCCAUGUAACUUUCCUUUUUGUAUAUUUCCUUUAUCCAUACUUUUCACACACACAAAUCAAGAGUAUGCCAUUUUGCCAGACAUACUUACAGUACAUGUACAUGUAUUGUACAUUCUGUAUGUGUAUUUUUGUUUAAAGCCUAAUAAUGAUUAAAAAUAAACCUUGUAAAAAGAAAGAUAGAUUUAAUUUUGUGAUGAAUAAUUUUCUGCAUUGUACUUAUGUAUUUUUUGUUUAUUACAAGUUAUAUUGUAUGUUAACAUUUUAAAGCAUGUAUUUGUACAUGUAUGUGCUUAUUAUUAAUGUAGUGGUAUUAUUAUGAUGCAUUAGAGGAAAGCAUUAAAUCAUUAGAACUUAAUCAUUGGAAAGAAAUACAUUAAUGACAUUUAAAUGUAGGUGAUAUUGGUAUUAUACAAUAAUUUAUGAAAAUUGUGCAAUACAUACGUGAACCAUCCUUAGGAGAGUUGUAAUAGUGCUACGUAAACUAUGUAUUUAUGCCUUUGUGGCGUAGUGUCAUAAAUAUCUUAUGUUUUUUGCAUGUUCAUGUACCCUUAUGGCCUUUUAAUUGAUAACAAUCACAUGUGAGCAUGUGUUAUUGUGUGUACGGUAGAUUCAGAUUUACAUGUUGAUGUAUUGCAUACAGGGCAGGGGGGCGUUGCACAAAGCCUUUUUUCAAUGACAAAUAACAAAAAUUAGUGACAAAUCUGCUGAUAACCAAUCAGAAGCAAGGAUUUCAGCAGCUUAUAACACAAAUUGUCAUUUGCCACUGAUGACAAGUUUUGUGAAACGCCCCCCAGGGCCGGAUACUCAAUUUCCAAUGUAACCAACUGCCACUGGCUAUUUUUGAAAAUCAAACUUGUGUGAAUUGUCACGUGCUAGCUGAUGCAUUGGCCGUGUUAACCAUGACCCAUAUGGACCGGCGGCUAGUUAUUUGAGCACAUCUUAUUGUAUUUUUGUUCAUGUUUAUAAACACGGAUUACUACACUCGUAGUUGUACCCAAAUGUUUCAUGCAGAUUCACUAUACAGUAUUGCAGAAAUUGUUUUCAAUUUGUACUGAAAUUGGGCUGUUAUGGAUUUUUUUUUUUAAUGUCAACUUAUGCGAGUACAUUUUAGUGUUUAUAAGCUACAUGUAGGUAAAUUUAAAAAACCUUUCUACAUGUACGGUGUACCUCUGUAACUGUGCAGCAUCUCAACUAAACAAAAAAAAAGAAAAAAAGUUAGAGCUGUAAAUUCAUCUAUAGAUAUAGGAUGAAUCCCUUUAGAUUUUUGGGAACUUAGCUCACUAGAUAUACGGUAGCCAGAAAGCUUCAAUUUUCCUCAGAAAAUCAUGUCAGUAUGUACCACAAUGUUGUCAUGUAGUAACCAGGCAUUCAAUUUGCGUAGCAGGUCACGAGUCCCCUAAAUUAAGCUACAGGUUUAGCAUUUUGCCCAUUUGAAAGAAAAGAGGGGGAUUACUCAUUUGUGUGAGCUGUAACCUUUCAGCGAAGAUUCUUCAUAUUUUAUGCGCCAUAAACAAAAAAGAGUUGUAUCUGCAUUCUGCAGCAAUCAUAAACAGUAUACAAAUAUUGACUGCUUUAAGGGGCAUGGUUACAACUAUUGCCCAAGGUGAUCUCAAAACUGUUCUGUGAUCGGAGAUUAAGUCUCCAGAUCACAGAGGAGCUAUAGUUUCAACUGAGAUCUAAAAAUAGGCAGUCAAUAUUUGUUAUAUACAUCACAUCACAUUUAUUACAAAAAAUAAUCGCUUGAUGUCCAAAAAAUAUCCAUUUGCUUACAAGUAUAUGGAAAACUAAUGAGGGAUAGUUCUACACUGACUGUAUGCCUUUACAUGUACAUUGUAGUCAAUGAAAAAGUAUUUUAAUGUAAUGGAUUUACAGUUUUACACAUGCAUGUAAGUUAUUAUUUGUACAUGUAUUAUAAGUUGCAGUAUAUUUCUUUACAGGUACAUGUAUUUAAUUUCAUGUUAAUAGCAUUGUUUCUACCUCCCAUAAACUGCUUGUUAUCAACAUCAACACUGCAUCCAUCAAAUGCUGUAAAACAACUAGAGAUACAAAAAUCCCACAUUUGCUCUUUUUGUUACCUUUGCUGCCAAAGUGUAUAUGAUAUCUUUUGUUGUUAUUAUUGGCAUUCUGCUGCAGAUAUUUAUUAGGUAGAAGCUAGAAAGGAUUGAGCAUUAUGAAUUAUUCAUCUCUAUUCCCAUUUGAAGGUCUAAUUUGUUUGUUUUUAAAUCAUUUUUUAAAGCUCAAGUUGGUAGUAUAGACUCUUCAUUUUUUUUUUUUUACUGAGGCUGAAAUAUUGCAUAUGAUAUUCUGGAUUAUGUAGUAAUAGGGUAGUGUAAAAUAUCAAUAAUUUUUUGACAAUCUUGAUUCAAUUGAAUUGUACAUAUGCACUAAUUAUGCACAGAUGCUACAUAUUACAAGGAACUCCAGUGUGUGGAAAAAACCCUUGCCCAUCCACUGUGUCGCAUGCUACACAGUAACACUGUUAUUCUUGUUUUCCUUUUCUAGUUAAAAUGUAACACUUAUAUAUCUGUAUGCAAUGUAUCUUAAUUUUAGUUGUCUACUAACCAGAUGUAUGAAGCAUAUUGUCUUGUAAGAUGUUACUUGAAGGGUGUUUAUUCGCAUAAAUUAUUUAUGUAUCGUUCUUUGAGAGCCAGAAGACAGAAGAAUGUUGACCCAUGUAUAAUUUUACAUCAGGCCUGUCUUCAUCAGCUCGAGUUUGCCAAAUAAUCCGCUAUUUUAAUUAUCCCGAUCGCAAAUUAGCCAGUUAAUUUGCACCUUCAUCAGCCUGCAGUUGCAAUUAGCGGGAUAUUUGGUCAAGAAGAUAUCCUGAGAAAUAUUGGUCUUGUUUAAAAAAUAUCCUGCUAUUUGGGAAAUAGCGGGUUAAUUUGCACCCGUCCGAGCUAGUUUGUGAUUUGUGUAUCAGUCUCAUGAAGACACAAUUUCGAGCUUCAGGAUAAUAUCCCGAGUCUGACGAUAGCUGGUUAUUUGGCAAACUCAAGCUGAUGAAGACAGGCCUAACGACAUAAAAGGAAAUCCAUCCUCAAUAGCAAACAACGCUAAAAGAAAGCAGAGAAGUAGACUGGUGAAAGUUUGAAGGAAAUGGGACAAAAAGGAAGAAAGUGAUGAAUAUUUAAAAUUUGUAAUCAUUAUACUUCACAUUGGCUGAAUAGGUAAUGUCACCAGGAUGUUGUUUUUCUUCAAAACAUGUUGACUCAGGAGGGUAUUUUCUGCUAAAAAUAUACCAGCCAUAAUUUAUAUUCAGUAGUGCCCCAAGGAAGAAGGUACUUGAAAGAAAAAACAGAAAUUGAUGAUAGUUUUAUAUACAACGAUCGGGAGAGUAGUCCAACGGUCACAAUCCAAUGACAAAAUUAGCAAUUUGAAAUUUGCUUGGCUGUAUAGAGGUGUCAUAUUUCAAACAUUUAUAUUUUCCUAAUUGUUGUUUUGAGUUGCCCUUUAACACCCUUUUAGCUCUCAACAGAUGAUGUAUAUUUAAUGCCUUCCUGGCUCUCAGUGUACAUGUGUAUUAUCAAAUCAUCCAAGGAGCAUAGAGAUACCUCCUUGAAUGAACUACCGGUAUCUGUCUUGCAUGGAACAUGUGUGAAUUCAAAUUUAUGAACCCUGCAAAGCUUCCUUGUGUUCUCAUGCCCUUUUUACGUCAGUUUCAUGGAUGUACAUAGAUUUUUUUUUUUAACAGAUGACACAUUUUAAUGUAUUGUUCUAAAGAGAAAUAUUCUAAACUUGAUGCUGCUAGCAUAGGGGGAAGUAGACUAUUAUCUAGUUAAAGCGACAAAAUUAAUGUGUAUGAUAUUUUGAUGGUAAUGGUUGAUAUUGUGAGGUGAUCCAAUUCUUCCCGAAUGUGUCACCAGUGCAUGCUCCUGAAAUGAUGUCAAUGUCUCUAAAUAGGAUGAAUAUGAAUUUUGAAAGAAAAUAUGUACGAGUAAGUUUUAUGUCUGAUCAUGUAGUAGAGGGGAACUAUCAUUAUGAUGAGGCUGCUUAGACAACCCCCCCCCCCCCCAAAAAAAGAAGAAAAUUGCCUGUUUUUUUUUAAUUCUCUAUUUCUCUCUUUUUUUUUAUUGGACUAAUUUUGGUCAAGGUUUAUGGGAAAUAAUUGUGCUUCUGAUGGUCCAAUGAAGGUCAAGCAUCAACCUACUUAACCCAAAUAAAAAUCAUGAGCUGCAACUGAAUGCAUGAACAAAACCUAUUUCAUGAUAAAAAAAUUAUUUUGUGAUGAAAUUUUUUAUUCUCUGUGCCACAGACUGCAUUGGCAAGGAUGAAAAUGAUACUUUAUAGAAAAGAAGAAAAAGGGAAGUUGGCGCCAUUUAAAUCAGUUAAUCAGUCAAAUUGCUUCAUCUGCAUUUAAGAAUGCAGGCCGGGGUACAGUAUGAAGUAUGUGAUGAUAAUUACCAUUUUCAAACAGGAAUUCCCAUGUGUAUAAUUCAUGUAUCAAGCACUAUGACUCUUUAUGUACUUAAUAAUAUCUCAAAUUCAUGACACCGUUUGAAAAUCAAGUUUCAUUAUUUUGUUAUGUGGCGCAUGGUCAAAUAUUGUGAAGGCUCUCGCAUGGCACAGUCUGUAUAUGAGGCUACUCUGAAUGUGGACAUCAGCCUUUUUCAUGGGUUUGUUAGGCAUUGCACUUUUCUUCAAUUUAUUUACAAACACACUGAAGUUGAGAAAUGCGUUAUUUGUUCUCUCUUGUCAUUUUGGGAAUCGAUUCCUUAAUAUUUAAACCUGUGAACAGAAACAAGAUGAAAAUAUAUAUUGUUUUUUCAUUGCUUCAUUUUGUUGUUGUGGCAUUAUUAUUCAUGCCUUUAUUCCCCCUACAUACAUGUUUUUGCCCUGUUACUGCAACUUAAUUUGAUUGAUGUGUAUAUUAACAUCUUGGUGUGCAGUAUAUAUUAUGACAAUGUCAAAGUAAACUGUGAGCAAAACCAAA